UCAGCUGAAUCGAAACAGUGCGCAGAUAAACGGGACAAGCAGCAGAGUGAAGACGUGAAGGGAAAAGAGAAAAAGAGUUUUGCAUUUAUGAUGGAAACUGGAAACCACGUAGCGAGAUUAAACGAGUAUGCACAGAAAAGACGCUCUGUACUGUGCUAUGAGGACCUCGGCUCUGUUGGACCUGCACAUAAUAAAGUAUUCACCCAGAGGGCAGUCUUAGAUGGUAAAGUCUAUCCUGACGGUGUGGGGAAGACCAAGAAGGAAGCCAAGCAAAGUGCAGCUAAAAAUGCCCUGAAAUGCUUGUUGGAGAACGGACAUCAGAACCCAGCGGACUCAACAGAAAAUGCAGCAAAACCUCCGGCUGCACCAGUUCAUCAGACAAGUACCAGUGACAUCAACUACAUAUGCUGGCUCAAUGAAUAUGGUCAGAAGAAUAGGGUGUCUAUAAAGGCUGUGGAGUCUCUGGGACCAAACAAUGUUACUCCAUGCUGCAGCUUUGUGGUUGAUGGUAAGGAGUAUCCAGUGGUCACUGGGGAAACAAGGAGGGAAGCUAAGGAGGAAGCAGCCAAGCUUGUAUAUGAUGUGAUACAUGGCAGUAAAAUGGCAGAGACUGCAGAUGAGAAGUCCAACCAUGCAUCAAAUAAAGAAAAGGAGGAAUUAAAUCUUUCUGAUAUCAGUAAUAAGACAAAAAGCCUCAGUGUGAGCUCCAACAACAGCUUUACAGAGACAAAUUACAUAGGAAUUGUCAACCACUACUGCCAGGAAACAAGCAGCUCCCAUAAAUUUAUGGAAGAGAGGAGAUGCGGUCCAUCUCAUAACCUUCAAUUUUUCUACAAAUUAGUGAUAAACAAUAAGGACUACCCUGUGGGUGAGGGUCAGAGCAUCAAGGAAGCCAAACAAAACGCAGCUCGGUUGGCCUGGUCUGCUCUUCAGGAGCAGUCAGACUGGGACAGCAAGGUGUCCUUCAGAUCAACAGUGUCCGAAGAUGGUACACCACCUACACGGGAGUCCCAUGAAUCAUCAUCACAAAGCAUGUCAGGGAGCACAGGUAGCUCAAUAAUGUUCGCAGAUACAUCAAACCCCUCCGCGGCUCAGAUGUCCUAUGAAUCUGAAGAUGAUGCACAAUCCAGGGAGUCUCAUUCAUCGUCACAGAGCGUGCCAACUAGCUCAGGGAUAGGCACUGAUUCAUCAAACUCCUCCAGUGAUCAGUCUGCUGCCAAAAACAAUAAUAUGGGAAAAGUUAAGAAUCAGACACCAGCCCAGUCAAGGUUUACGUCAGACUUUGAUCCCCUGAAGCGUCUGGGCAGUGGAACAUUUGGUGUUGUUUACAAAGUAAGACAGAAACUGUUGAAAAAGGAUUAUGCUGUAAAGAUUGUCCGCUGUGAAGAGAAUUGUCUUCGAGAGGUAGGGACAUUAUCAGAUCUCCUUCACCCUAAUAUUGUUAGAUACUACACAUUUUGGAUGGAGGAUUCAGAAUACCAAGAUACCAAGAAUUUACCAAGAGGGGACAAUUCAGCUGACAGUUACACCUCAUCCCAGUCUACAGAUAAUUCAUCAUCGUCCUCUAAGUACCUCUAUAUUCAGAUGGAGUUGUGUGACACCAAAACACUCAGAGCGUGGAUUAAGGAGAAGAACACUCGGUCUCUGCAACACUCCAAGAGGAGAGAAGAAAGUCUAGGCAUUGCUCAACAAAUAGUGAGUGGAGUCGAAUAUAUUCACUCCACGAAGCACAUCCACAGGGACCUUAAGCCUGACAACAUCCUGUUUGGACUGGAUGGAGCUGUGAAGAUCGGGGAUUUCGGUCUUGUCACCAGAGAUAAUGAUGACGCUUUGAUGGAUAGAACAGUGAACAGAGGAACCCCACUUUACAUGGCUCCUGAACAAAACAAGGAGAACUACGACCGAAAAGUGGACAUUUUUCCUCUGGGGUUGAUAUACUUGGAACUCCUUUGGAAAGUUUCUACUGGCCAUGAAAGAGGAGAUUUUUUGCAUAAAGCCAGAUGUCAGAAGUUCCCCAAAGAGUUUUCACUUACCUUUGCCAAGGAGGAGCAAAUCAUUAAGUCAAUGCUGAGUGAGAAGCCAAAAGACCGACCUGAAGCGAGCAAACUGAAGGCAGAGCUGGAAAAGUGGGCUCAGAUGUUCAACACACAGAAAAUGCGUCAGGAGAAUGUAACUAUAAGACCCUUGAUGCCCCUGCCAAAUGUUCAAGCCAUUCCCAUUGGUGUGGGGAAGAAUACAGACUCCAAGCACAGUGCAGAUAAAACUGCCCUGAUGGGGUUAAAGGAGAAUGAAAAUCCGGGACCAGUGACUGCACCAGUUCAGCAGCAAAGUGUGACCAAACCAGUGAACGUAAGCGAGCUCAAUGAAAACGUGCAAAAGAACGGGACUUUGGGGCCAGCGAGCCUGGGACCGAAUAAUGCUUCUUCCAUCGUGGUUGGUGAUCAGGAGCCAGCUGCAAAGGAGACUAAGGAGGAAGCAGCCAGGCCUGUAUAUCAUGAUGAAAUGGAUAGUGAGGCUACAGAGCUGUCCUCCGACUCAGCUGUGUCUGAUGAUGGUGCACCAGCCUGGAAGUCCACAUCACAAAGCCCACUGGAUCCCCUUGAUGCCAAAUCAAAAAGCGUGGCAACAACUUCAAGUGACUCAGUCAUUUUCACCAACUCCUCAAGCCCUCUCAAGGAUCAGGAUGAAACAGGAAACAGUCCCAGUGAGAAGACGUCAGUCCAAUCAGAAAUAUCGAGGUUUAUAUUGGAAUUUGACUGCAUAGAGCCAAUGGGCAAAGGAGGCUUUGGACGUGUUUUCAAGGCAAAAGAAAAACUGACGGAGAAGAAUUUUGCUAUAAAGAUCGUCGUCUAUAAAAAAAAAUCUCUACAGGAGGUGAAGGCAUUGUCAGAUCUCCAUCACUCUAACAUUGUUCGAUACUACACGUGUUGGUUGGAGGAUUCAAAUUACCAAUGGGACGAUGCAGCCGACAGUUGGGGCUCUUCACAGUCUUCUGUCGAUGGUUUAUCUGCAAAAUACCUCUAUAUUCAGAUGGAGUUAUGUGACACCAAAACACUUAGAGCUUGGAUAGAUGAGAAGAAUACUCCGAGUGGUGAAGAAUCUCUGAGGGACUCAAAGAGAACAGAAGAAAGUCUAAAACUAUAUAUUAAGGGGAAUAGCAGUGGAGUCGAGUACAUUCACUCCAUGAAGCUCAUCCACAGAGACCUGAAGCCGGCCAACAUCAUGUUUGGGCAAGAUAAGAUAGUGAAGAUUGGAGACUUUGGUCUGGUCACUGAUGACAACGAUGAUGAUGGGAACCUCAUUGAGAGAACAGUCUACAAAGGAACCCCAUCUUACAUGGCUCCUGAACAGAAGGACGAGACGACUUAUGAUCGAAAAGUUGAUAUAUUUGCUGUGGGGCUGAUAUGCGUCGAACUUCUUUGGAACUUUUCCUCUGGCCAUGAAAGGCAGAAGCUUUGGAACGACAUCAGGAUCCAGAAAUUCCCCCAUGGGUUUUCAGACAAUUUUCCAAAAGAGUACAUGAUGUUGCGUCCAAUGCUGUGUGUGAAACCAGAAAACCGACCUGAAGCAAGUAAGGUCAAGAAAGACCUGGAAGAGUACGCUUUGAACAAAAUUGAGUGCAGCCGAUCUUUUUGAUUGUCAGUUGAAGUCACUGACAUCUGUUUUAUGGUUUACCCUGUGCAUGUAGAUGAAGAUCGGUUUUACCCCCUGAAAAUGAUCUCCAGUCUAUUAAAUAUUGGGCAUCAUUUACAUGCAACUUUUUGCCUUUUUAAAUGUAAUUUUAAUUUUGACUGUCUAUUUUAUUUGUCUAUUNNUUA